UUUGGAAUAAGAAAGAAAUUAUCAAACGCGUUUUUCCCCUGAAUCCUCUGUUUAUUUCCCCAGAAUCACAAGAGAGAAGAAAUCAGCUUUCUUUCAUGUCUUCCUCCACCAGUUCUUCCCUGUUCUCUUGAUGUAGAGAGAAAGAGAGGGGUUUAUUGGUAGUCUGUCGACUUUUCUUUUUUUGUCUUCUUGGGGAAAGAUGAAAUGCAGUUUUUUCCUUGCUUUCUAUAUGCUAUGUUUUUCUCUUUCGGUUUCUGGGGAAGAGUCAAUUCUCCUGGAACUCAAGAACUCCUUCUCUGAUCCUGAUGGGAUUCUCUCCAGCUGGAACCCCAACAACUCCAAUCGCUACUGUUCAUGGUUUGGCAUCACAUGCGACUCCAAAUCCAGAGUAAUUUCUCUCAACAUAACAGGUGGCGAUGCCAGCUCCAAAGGUAACUCUCAGGCUCUUCCUUGUUCUAAGUUAUCACAGUUUCCAUUACGUGGAUUUGGAAUCGCGAGAAGAUGUAUAGAUGUUGUUAAUGGAAAAUUAGCUGGCAAAUUGUCCCCUUUGAUUGGUAAACUCACUGAGCUUCGAGUCCUAUCACUUCCUUAUAAAGAAAUUACGGGUGAGAUUCCCGUGGAAUUUUGGGGUUUUCAGAAAUUAGAGGUGCUUGAUCUUGAAGGGAAUUUUCUUUCCGGAAGAUUCCCAGUAGAAUCUGUGGGGUUAAGAAAAUUAAAGGUUCUGAAUCUUGGAUUCAAUAAAAUUUAUGGGGAGAUUCCUCUUUGGAUUUUAAGAUGUGUAAAUCUAGAGGUAUUGAAUUUAUCUGGUAAUAAGAUGAAGGGAUCGGUUCCGGGGAUUCAUGGUAGCUUUUCAAGGCUUAGGGGGCUUUAUUUGGCACAUAAUGAGCUAGAUGGAUGCAUUCCGUAUGGAUUGUUGACAAACUGCAGGUAUCUUCAGCAUCUUGAUCUGUCAGAAAAUUUGUUUGUUGGGGGGAUUCCUCCAAGUUUAGGGAAAUGUCUGCAGUUGCGGAGUCUUUUGUUGUCCUCAAACAAGUUGAUGGGUAGCAUUCCAGGUGAGCUUGGACGGCUCUGCAGGCUUAAAGUUCUGGAUAUUUCUGGAAACAACCUUGGUGGAUUGAUCCCUGCCGGCCUCCUUCAGUUGAAGAAUUUGAAACAUAUCUCCUUGGCCGGUAACAACCUAACCGGUGUAGUCCCUUCCAGCUUGGGACGCUUGCCUGAGAACAAGAAGCCCUCUGCUCUGGUCAAUGCAACCUUGGUUUCAAGAGCUAAUGUGUCCCUCAAUAACUGGUCUGGGAUGUUUCCCUUAAGUGGAAGCAUGGUAAAUUUUACCAAUGCUUCUGUAAAUUCGCUGGUUCGUUCACGCCGUCUGUACUCCCUAUCUCUGUCAUCUUCAAAUGGUACACUAAAUGAUUCAGCUUCUCUGUCAGGUGGAACAACUAAAGCGCAUGAGUCCAAUUCUAUUGAGAUUGCUUCCAUAGUCUCUGCAUCAGCCAUUGUCUCCGUCCUCCUAGCUCUGGUUGUUCUCUUCUUCUUCUUUACAAGAAAACGGUUCCCAAAUUCCAGAGUUCAGGUUUAUGAGUCAAAGGAAAUAUCUGUCUUCAUUGACAUUGGUGUCCCCUUAACAUAUGAGCAUAUUGUUCAUGCAACUGGGAAUUUCAAUGCCAGCAACUGCAUUGGGAGUGGAGGUUUUGGUUCCACUUACAAGGCUGAAGUCUCUCCGGGAACCCAGGUAGCUGUAAAGAGGCUAGCAGUUGGAAGAUUCCAAGGUGUUCAACAGUUUGAUAAUGAGAUAAAGGCUCUUGGAAGUGUGAGGCAUCAAAACCUUGUAACUUUAAUAGGGUACCAUGCUAGUGAAACGGAGAUGUUCCUCAUAUACAAUUAUCUGCCAGGAGGUAAUUUGGAAAAUUUUAUUCGGGAAAGAUCCACAAGAGCUGUCAAUUGGAAGAUAAUUCACAAGAUUGCUCUAGACAUAGCCCGGGCACUUGCUCACUUGCAUGACCAGUGUGCUCCUAGGGUUCUGCACCGUGAUGUCAAGCCUAGUAAUAUAUUGUUGGACAAUGACUUCAAUGCUUAUUUGUCUGAUUUUGGGUUAUCUAGGCUAUUAGGAACUUCUGAAACCCAUGCAACAACUGGUGUAGCAGGAACUUUUGGGUAUGUAGCACCGGAGUAUGCUUUGACUUGUCGCGUAUCUGAGAAGGCCGACGUUUACAGCUACGGUGUGGUGCUACUUGAACUGUUAUCAGAUAAGAAAGCCUUGGAUCCUUCUUUUUCCUCCCAUGAAAAUGGUUUCAAUAUUGUUUCUUGGGCCUGCAUGCUGUUGCAACGCGGUCAGGCAAAGAAUGUCUUCACUGUGGGGCUAUGGGAUGCAGGACCCCACGACCAUCUGGUGCAAAUACUGCAUUUGGCAAUCACCUGUACUGUUGAUACCCUUUCUGGGAGACCUACAAUGAAGCAAGUUGUCCAACGGCUGAAGUGCAUACAACCUGAUUCAUGACACAAUGCUUCUCAGUUUAGUCCAUCCAUGUGUAGAGGACGACCCACAAGACCAGAAACAUUCUAGCAAUUUGUACAUCAGAACCUAGUGAUGUUGUGGAGCAUGCUAGUUGUUUGAUCUUAGGUUUUUGAUUUUUCUCCCCCAACAUGUUUCUGCAGCCGCUUUUUUGUCAUUAGACAAGUGAUAAAUGUGCAGAAACUAGACAUUAGCCUUUUAACUUUUAUGCAUCAGUUAACCAUGCAUUGAGCAGAA